CUGGUAGACGUGGACGGAGUAUACGGGUCAGCCCUAGUCAGCUACAACGUUGGGAUCAGCGCGUGCGAGAAAGGCAUGCAGUGGCAGCGGGCUCUGGUGCUGCUGAACGAGAUACCAGAGGCGAAGCUGGUGCCCGACGUCAUCAGCUGCCAAACUGUGACCAGGGCUUGCGACAGAAGCGGGCAGGUGCAGCAAGCGAUCUGGCUGCUCACCGCGACGCGGAAUGCGAAGCUCGAGUCCCACGUCGCCAGCCUCAGCGAUGCCAUCGUGAUUGCGAUGCAAAGGUCAGCGUCGCGCAGGUCCAGCCACAAUCCUGAGACCCGCGUGUGCGACAGAAGCAGGUAG